GUAACGUUAGUAUUGACAGAGUAAGUCGCAAAUAACAUUUCUAACGAGUAAGAUGGAAUCGAGCAACGUAUUCAAUACUGCUGUUAGAGUGAAAAAUGAGCCACUUGAUGAUAAUGAUUACAAAAUAAUUGACACGAUACCCGUCACUCAAAAUACUAACUGCGAGAUGUUUCGGCAAGAAAAUUCAUCCCAAGAGCUUUUUCAAGAAUAUGACGAAAAUCACGAAAAUGAGCUUGAUGACCUGGAAAUCGAAAUGGAAUGUAUAGACAUGAAGCCUAAUUUAUUAUUAGUUGCGAAAAUUGAAGAUCAUUCUCCAAAUCAAUGGCAGGAUAGCGAUGAUUAUAAAAGCGGAAGCAAAAUAAAACUCGAAACUGUCGGGACAGUGAAGAAGAAAAUUUUUAGCGAAGAAGAAACUGAUUUGAAUUUCGGACGUGGACUCAGCGAGCAAAAUAAAACAGGAACUACCUCAAAAGAGCUGAGCAAUGAAAAUAGGCUCAAAACUCACAAUGAUACUACGCAUAAUAAAAUCACACAUGAUUGUGAUAUUUGCGGAAAAUCAUUCAAAUAUAAGAGUUAUUUCCAAAGACACAUGGAUUCGGUGCAUCGUAAAAUAAGGCAUGAAUGCGAUAUAUGCCACAAGACAUUCACACAGAAAACGAAUCUCAAAUCCACAUAGAUUCGGUACAUCGUAAAAUAAGGUAUCGAUGUGAUGAAUGUGGAAAAUCAUUCAGAUACAAGAGAAAUCUCCAAAGACACAUUGAUUCGUUACAUCGUAAAAUCACGCAUCCAUGCGAUAUAUGCCAAAAGACAUUAUCAGAGAAGCGUAAUCUCAAAAAGCAUAUGGACUCGAUGCACAAUGGAAUCACCUACGCAUGUGAUAUGUGCACAAAGAAAUUUACUGCGAAAAGUAGUCUGAAAGCCCAUAUCGAUGUGAAUCACCCAUCCAUGUGAUUUCUGUGAAAAAAAAUUUAAACAUCAAACGAGUCUCACUAGACAUAACAGAUUAUUUCAUAAUGGUACCACUCAUUCAUGCGAGACAUGCGGCAAGACAUUUGGACAGAAAAGAAAUCUCAGAGCUCACAUCAAAGCGGCGCAUCGCUCGCUCAAUAUGACCUAAUAAUUGUUUAAAAUUUAUGUUGAAUUGAGUUACAAAGCAAAAUGUAAGAUCAAGUGUAUCUCUUCAGACGACUGAAUUAAUAAUU